AUGACUGAAUUAUCAGGGUGUGGCCAAGGAGGUUGGACACUAGUGAUGAAAGUAGAUGGGAACAAGGUAUACGGAUAAUCUUAUAUCCUAACAUAAUCUCUUCGAAUGCAUAAACAUGAUAAGCAAUAGUAUAUAAAGAAAUGAGUAAACUUUUUGCUUUCCAGAAUGAAUUCAACUACAGCUCUCCUUACUGGACAAACGAAGAAACCUACGCAGCUAAAAAUGGACUUGAAGGUUUGAAUGAAAAACAGACUAAACUUGCUUCUUACUGGAACACACCGUUUAACAAAAUAUGCCUCGGAAUAAAAGUCAAUGGUGCUACAAAAUGGAUAGCGUUAAACUACACCACAAACUCGUUACAUAGUGUGAUCGAAGACGGGACUUUUAAAGGAACAACUUUUGGGAGGGAAGCAUGGAAGUCUCUUAUCGAUGAUUCGUAUUUGCAAGAAAACUGUAAUGAAGAAGGAUUUAAUAUACAAGGGGUUUACAAGUAUGGCAAGUCGCAGUGGAACAUGAAGAUACGAAUUGGUUUGGUGGCAAAUAAUCAAGAAAACUGCGGUAGUUGUGACUCGUGCAUUGGCUUUGGAACUUCAGUAAGUGGAUGCGAUGAUGACGUAAGGAACACAACGUGCGGCAAUAUGGCAUUUUGUAAUUAUAAGAAUAAUAAGAACACGGCAGCAUUUGGAUAUAUACUCGUACAGUAG